AUGGAGAUUUGCAGUGGAGGUCUGGUGAUGGUGAUGGUGUUGGUGAUGGUGUUGGUUAUAGUGAUGGUGAUGGUGUUGGUGUUGGUGUUGGUGAUGGUGUUGGUGUUGGUGAUGGUGUUAGUGAUGGUGUUGGUGUUGGUGUUGGUGAUGGUGAUGGUGAUGGUGAUGGUGUUGGUGAUGGUGAUAGUGAUGGUGUUGGUGCUGGUGAUGGUGCUGGUGAUGGUGAUGGUGUUGGCGAUGGUGGUGGUGCUGGUGAUAGGUGUUGGCGAUGGUGAUGGUGUUGGUGAUGGUGAUGGUGUUGGUGAUGGUGCUAGUGUUGGUGAUGGUGUUGGUAAUGGUGUUAGUGAUGGUGUUGGUGGUGUUGGCAAUAGUUUCGUGAUGAUGGUGUUGGUGAUGGUGCUAGCAUUGGUGAUGGUGUUGGCGAUGGUUUGUGAUGGUGUUGGUGAUAGUGUUGGUGAUGGUGUUAGUGAUGGUGUUGGUGAUGGUGUUAGUGAUGGUGUUGGUGAUGGUGUUGGUGAUGGUGUUGGUGAUGGUGAUGGUGUUGGUGAUGGUGUUGGUGAUGGUGUUGGUGAUGGUGUUGGUGAUGGUGUUGGUGAUGGUGUUGGUGAUGGUGUUAGUGAUGGUGUUGGCGAUGGUGAUGGUUUGGUGAUGGUGCUAGUGAUGGUGUUGGUGAUAGUGUUGGUGAUGGUGUUAGUGAUGGUGUUGGUGAUGGUGAUGUUCACAGUAAAGGAUUUGACCCAGUGCUGA